UGACAAAAUGGCGGAUAUCUCGGGACUGGUUGAUUUCUUUAAGUCGGAGUGGUUUCGGAAUACAACAGUCCUCAGCACCACCUUAGCAGUGGCCUAUUUUGGGACUGGUUUACUGUUUUUGAUUCCGGAUUUGACAGGAAAACCAAUAUGGAUGCUAAAGUACAAAACACAACCACCUCAAAACUUUAAGGUGACCGGAGAUGACGUCAAGAAAGUAAUUCAGCAGUUAACCUUCAACUCUUUAGCGAUUCACCUGCCCUUUAUGUUCCUGUACUAUCAUCUUCAAGUGUGGAGGGGGUGCGACCAGUCCUUCAAGGUUCCAGCCCCUUUACAUUUUCUUAGGGACGUGGCCCUUUGUAUACUUAUAGAGGAAAUCGCGUUCUAUUACGCUCAUCGGAUACUCCACUCUUCCUUCAUGUACAAACGAUACCAUAAGGUACAUCAUGAAUUCACGGCGCCAUUUGGCCUGGUUUCCGCUUACUCACAUCCGGUAGAGUUCAUCUUCUCGAACCUCGGUACCAUUAUGACUGGCCCCCUCGUGGUCGGAUGUGACGUGGUGACUACCAGUGUGGUGUUCUUCCUGUCAGUUGCGGUGACAGUUAUACACCACAGUGGCUACCAUCUUCCUUUACUGCCAUCUCCGGAAUUCCAUGACUACCACCAUUUGAAAUUUACCGGAAACUAUGGCGUUCUUGGUGUCCUGGACUGGCUGCAUGGGACGGACAAACAAUUUCGGAAGAGCAAGCAAAGCAGACGACAUAAAGUGAUUUUCUUUGCACGGGAAACAACAGGAUGACUUGCUUGAAUACACGUUUUGCCCAUGAGAUUAAAAACGAAAUUGUCUGUCCAACAGAACUUCAUGAUUAAAAACUUUGGUGAACCUGACAAAAAGUCGUCUGAUAUUAUAUGGGCACUGAAGAAGCAAUAAAGUCCAGGAUAUUACUUUAGAAAAUGUGAUAAAGAAACAUUACUUACUCACCUUUGUAAUUUUGCAAAACUUACGUAAAGUAGAUAGAUACAUCUCUACAUAUCAAAAUCGAUUGUAUAUUAAUGGCGAAAAUUAUUUGUUUUUUCAUCUCACUUUCUGAUAUGUCAGAACUGCAACAAACGAGUACAUAUUUAAUAGUUGUAGAUGUUGUCCCUAUUGAUUUCAUUCGAAUGAAAAGAAACCGAAAAAUGAAAUGCAAGGAAUUUUAUAAAGGCCUUUAAUAAUGGUUGAAAUAUUAAGACAAUGUUUUAAAGUUGGGCAGGGAUAAUUAUUUUCCUUUGUUGUCAUACAAAUUCCUCAAAUAUCGUUAGCCGGAGUUUCAUAGUAUUCAGGGUAAAUCAAUUUAUAGCCCUAUUUACAUUUUAAAUUACAUUUUUUGAUAAUAAAAAACAAAACAGAAUAACGUAUUUCCUUCAACGAAAUAUAUUUGCAAACUUUUUAAAAUCCGCUGCACUUUUUAAUCGGCUGUUAAUUUAAGAAUGAUAUGAGUUGCUGAAAAUGUAUUACACUAUUGCCUACAACACUGGUUCAGUACCUAAUUUUCAGUACUAUUUCUAGUUCGUACAAUUCAAUGCACUAUAAAACGAAUGAGAUUACAUGUUAUGUUUUUUUCUCUUUAUCUCGCGAUUGCUAUUUUACUUAAUUAUGUUGAUGUUUCUUGAAAACAAAAUAAAGAAUAUUGAAAUUCAGUAUAUUUAUAUAACAAUAUUUUUUUCUUGUUAAAACAUGUACUACUUAAUAUUAUGAACGAAUAAAAUACAGCUAUAU